UGAGUGAAUACCCAGCUGUUGGCAUUCCCAGAUGUGGUCCAGCAAGUCCAUUUAAAGGACACUUGAGUACUAAGAGUAAUGCUUUCUGCAUUGACUCAUCCCGAAGUCUAACUAGUCAGUACCUGAUCAGGGAUCACAUGGUGUUUCAUUAUAACAAAAUCCUUUCAGCCAAAGCAGCCGUAGACUGUUCAGUGCCCAAAAGUAGGUUGACCAGCAUCAAACUUGCUGACCAGCAAAGAAGAGAGAAACUGAAAAAGAAGAUAGCCAGGUGUGAAGAGGAAAUGAGUGUGGGUAAAACUGCCUCCCGAUCCAGCUCAAGAGAGAGUGGAAGGCUGCUGCCAUCCUCUUUCAGAAAGAGUUUCUUGGAAGCAGAAGACAAAGACGGUCUCUUCCCCUGUGCUCGGCAGGCACAGUACCUAUCAAGAGCGCUGUCUCCUUAUGGCGAGCAUGGCUUGGUGGGCUCCAGUCCAGUAAAAUAUGCCAGAAAAGAUUCUCAGAAUACAUCUAACGCAUCUAACUCAAACUCAAGUGUCACUACAUCAAGUACACCAAGAAAAUGCUCUGGACUUUCAUGCAGUUGCUCCACUGAUAGUUUUGUGAGCAUUAGUCAUUCCCAGAGGUGUCAAGGAAGCAACUCCAAAGUAUGCAGUGGGGAUCUUCUAGACAGACACCCUGAAUUCUUUACUGAUAGCCGAAAACCUUUUACUCCACGCACCUUAAGAUCAGAUGCUAAAUCUUUCCUGUCAGAGUACAGGUAUUACACUCCUGCUCGAAGGAAAAGGAAAAAUCACUGCAAGCAGCAUGUGGAAGCUCAAACACAGACUGAUGUGAUCAGCUUUCCAUCUGCAGACAAAGCGUCUGAGAGAAAAGUUAUGACUGAACGGCAGAAGAUCCCAUUGAAGGCUGAAGAUAAAAGAUAUACUGUGGAUAAGCCUGAGAGAGGAAUAGCUGCUUUUCCAUACUCCUUCCUAAGAGAGACAUCAUUGUAUUCUCAGCGGUCUUCAGCAAGGAGGACUACUGAGGCUGAAGAAGAAGAGCUUUUAUAUUUAGGUUUCAUUGAAGAUGUAACAAAUGAAAUUCUUAGCCUUGGGCUAUUUUCUAACAGAGUUCUGGAACAACUGUUUGAGUGUCAUAUACAAGAAAACAAGAACCGUUUGGAUGAGAGCAAAAUGCGCCACUUGUUGGAUGUGCUGAAAGCAGACCUCGGCUGCAGCCCAGACAGCGGUGCGGAGCAAAUCCACACAGGCUGGGAAGCCUUUGACUUGCUGGAUCUGCCAGAGUUUGAUACAAUGGAAGAGCUUGAGCUUACCAGUAAAAGUGAGAGGCAAAGAAAAGCUACAAAAAGUGAAGAAUUCUUGGGGAAUGUAGACUUACCAUUAAAGGAACUAAACAAAUGCGAAUCACCAGUAUGCAGAGCAAGUUCAAAGGAGACACAGAGCAAGGAUGACUUUUCAGAAGAUGUCGCUGAAAUUAUGGAUGCUGGGACAGAUUCUCAUUCUUGUGUGAAAUCUGAAGACCCAGACACUUCACUCUCAUGUGAGGCAACUUUAAACUUGGUUACUUGUGACCUUGAUUUGGAAGCCAACAAGGAACUUGAUGAUCUUGAGGAAAGCUUUGCAGAAGCCCUUCAGAUCUCACAUGACUAUUCACAAUAG